AGUAUCACAUGCGAGGAACUGUAUAAGCUUUGAAUAAAUAAACUUUUAUAGUAAUCCAACUUGCCUUUGUUUAUUAUAUCUAUCUUCUAUAAAAACCAGAGUGGAAUUUAAGCUUCAUUAGCAAGCACUUAAUAAACUCUUUAUUUAGCAAAAAUGAGUACCAGUUCUUCGGCUGUUUCAACCCAAAAAAGGCUUGAAGGGAAGGUUGCAUUGAUAACUGGAGGCGCUGGUGGCAUAGGUGAGGCUACAGCAAGGUUAUUUGUUCAACAUGGUGCUAAGGUUGUCAUUGCAGACAUUCAAGAUGAUUUAGGACAAGCUAUCUCUCAAGAACUUGGAGAAGAAAACAUCUCAUAUGUUCAUUGCGAUGUUACAUUAGACUCUGAUGUCGGAAACGCAGUUGAUUUCGCCGUUUCGAAGCAUGGGAAGCUUGAUAUAAUGUUCAACAACGCCGGUAUAUCCAGUCCCGAUAAGAACAUAGUUACUUCAAACGAUGAGAGAUUCAAAAGGGUUCUUGAUAUCAAUAUCUUUGGAGGGUAUUUGGGAUCUAAACAUGCUGCUAGGGUGAUGAUACCGGCGAAGAAAGGGUGCAUUCUGUUUACAACAAGCGUAUGGUCAGUGAUCGGUAGUGCCGAUGUUGGGCAUGCAUAUGUGACAUCGAAGCACGCGUUGGUGGGGUUGGCUAAGAAUCUAGGGGUGGAAUUGGGGCAAUAUGGGAUACGAGUAAACUGUAUUUCGCCGCACGGUGUGGCGACUCCGAUGUUAACGAGACCGUUCGGUAACUUGGAGAAGGAGAAAGUGGAGGAACUGAUAGCCAUGGGGUCGAACUUGAAAGGGGUGGUGCUGGAACCAGAAGAUGUGGCUCAAGCGGCUUUGUAUUUGGCGAGUGAUGAUGCUAAGUACGUAAGUGGACUCAAUAUGAUCAUCGAUGGAGGCUAUAGUACCACCAAUCCUUCCCUGUCCAAUGUUAUGAAGAGCCUGUCAUCCAAAGUUUGAUUGAUUCUUUGUUUUCCUUUUUUGAAUCAUUAAAUUGGCAUUUUUCUUUUUUCUUUUUAAUUAUUUCAUGUUUUCAUAAGAUUUCUUAACUUAUUAUGAUAAUUUAAUUUUAACUACAAA